GGCUCCUACGUGUCUUUGAUAUGUCCUGCCAUGAGCGGAAGUGUCUGGGAUUCUGCUCAAUCCAUCGCUUCAAAUCAGUCGUUUGUGAAGGGAGACGGGGCGAAAACGGUCUGCAUCUCUUCCCACAUCACCACCAUCAGCCGCGCUCCAUUCAGCGUCGCCGUGCAUCAUUUAACGCAGCCAUAUAUCAGCACGGGACAUGCUCUAUCAGGUCUGCGCAAUCGACGUGAACGCCUGCCUGGACACAGGAGAGGAUUAAAUUACUGUUACUGGCGGCGGAUUAUUUUAUUGGCCUCCUCUUGUCACGCCCGAGUCUUUGGUGAUCCUUUUUCCAAUUAGGAGAGGGCGUUCAAAAGCCAGAUAUGUCUUUCAGGCGAGGUGUGGUCAGGCAGAGCAAGUUCCGACACGUCUUUGCGCAGGCGUGGAAAGCAGAGCACUGCAUCGACGACGUCAGAGUGUCCCGCGUGACGGGGGACAGUCCGCUCUGUGCGGUCAACCCCAAAUUCAUUGCCAUUAUCAUCGAAGCUGGUGGAGGAGGGGCCUUCCUCGUUGUUCCGAUCAGCAAGAGCGGCAGAAUCGAUCAGUCCUGUCCCACAGUGUGCGGCCAUGCGGCACCGGUGCUGGACAUCCAGUGGUCUCCUCAUGACGACAGCAUCAUUGCAAGUGCCUCAGAGGACUGCACAGUAAAGGUGUGGCAGAUCCCAGAUGGGGGCCUGACGAGUCCAAUGACUGAGCCCAUUGUGACCCUCGAGGGACACAGUAAAAGAGUGGGAAUCCUGGCUUGGCACCCAACUGCCUUCAACAUCCUCUUGACUGCAGGCUGUGAUAAUGUGAUUUGUGUGUGGAAUGUGGGAACGGGGGAGCUCGUGUACCAGCUGAGUGAUGCCCACCCAGACCUGAUCUACAGUGUCAGCUGGAACAAGGACGGCAGUGCUGUCUGUACUGUCUGCAAGGACAAGGCCCUGCGUGUUAUCGACCCACGAAGGGGCACCAUCCUCAAGGUGAAAGAGAAGGUCCACGAUGGCACCAGGCCAAUGAGAGCUGUGUUCCUCUCAGACGGGAAGAUCCUGACCACAGGCUUCAGCCGUAUGAGUGAGAGACAGCUGGCAUUGUGGGAUACAAAAGAUCUCUCUGAGCCAAUGGCAGUACAGGAGAUGGAUACCAGUAACGGGGUUCUUCUACCCUUUUAUGACCCUGACACAAACAUGGUCUACCUGUGUGGAAAAGGGGACUGCACCAUUCGGUAUUUUGAAGUGACAGAUGAAUCCCCGUACGUUCACUUCCUCAGCUUAUACAGUAGCAAGGAGCCUCAGAGAGGUGCGGGCUUUCUUAGUAAAAGAGGUGUGGACGUCAACAAGUGUGAAAUUGCCAGGUUCUACAAACUCCAUGAAAGAAAAGUGGAACCAAUUUCUAUGACUGUACCACGAAAGUCAGAUCUGUUUCAGGGAGACCUUUACCCGGACACAGCUGGCUUGGAGCCGGCUCUCCUGGCUGAAGAAUGGAUUGCUGGGCAGGAUGCACCGCCCCUGUUGGUCUCUCUGAGCGGCGGGUACACAGCUCAUCCAUCCAAGCACAGAGACACCCUCAGAAGCAAACCCCAGCUGGUCUCGCAAGACUCUGGGACAGCGGCCGCCCCGCCUUCAGCAGGCAGUGUAGCAGCUCCCAUAUCUGCAUCUGCCACCAAGGAGACCGAGGAAGAGGUGCCACAGCCGCGAGUAGCCACAAGGGAGACGGAUGGAAAUACUGAGAGGCCGAAGAGAGAGGACGAUGUGUUGAACGAGUUGCUAGCAGAAAUGAAGGCCUUGCGUGCUGUCGUAGUCGCUCAGAGCCAGAGAAUCGAGUUGCUGGAGAGACAGCUGGCUCGGAUUGAGGACGGGGAUGUAUGAGCAAGCCAGAGAACCACUACAUUCGGAGGGCGUUCUUACUAAAUCCAUAGACCAUAGCCUUACUAGAAACAACAGUACCUUAAGCUGUGUGAGUGGGAGAAUGUAGUGUAGGGUAGCAAUGACCUGUGAAUCACAGUGGCUUACAAUCAGGCCAACUGUUGUGAUGAAAACGAGACCACGGUUUGUUUCUGUGAUUGUUCCAGACUGUGGCUGAGAACGGGGGAUGUCAUCUGCGUAGAGUGAUUUCUGACAAUGAGAUAAUGUUUUGUUUUUUAUAUGAAGGAAUAUUGUAGCAGCUAUUUGAUGAUGCAUAUAGUGCAGCUUUGAGCUUUGCAGAAUCUUUGCGUUAAUUUUGAAGGGCUUUGAAGAAGAUGCAAUGGCACCAUUGCCUCAAAUUAAUGCACAUGGUAGUAAUAAAAAGCAUUAUAUUAAAGCUAAUGAAGGUCUACAUACUAUAGCAAAGCGAUGAAGUACCUCCAAUAUGAUUUUUUUUUUCUCUGAAGCACUCCCAAAUUUAACCAUUAGGGCUGUUUAAUCAGGUAGUUAAAGCUGUGAUGUCAUAUCAGACCCCCAAUUUUUAACUCAUUGUUUGACAUUGUGUGCUUUGUUUUACUACUUCAUUAUAGGACGCUGUGUGUAAGGUUAAUGGUAGGAAAAUCUGAUGGUGCACAAAUCACGACAUUGACAGUGAGAAUUAUGUGAAUAAUAGCUGAUGAGAGUGUAGUUGAAUAUUUAUGUGUAUCGUAAUUCUGUGUAGUAUUUGCAGUCAAUGAAAAGGUAACACUUGUGAUUUUGUACCUCAUGUUAUCAGGAGAGAACAGCUGCUCUGUGAAGUUUUCUAUAACACCACGAGGCGAGAUAUUUGUCCGUGUUAUUAUUUAGAUAUAAAUACGCAGAAAUUCUUGCCUCUUUCCAUCUUUUGACAUGUGUGGAAGAGCUGCAGUAUCUGUGCCCCCUAAAGAACCAGGAUCUCAGAUGGGCAUUUUGCAGCGCAGCAAACUUUAGACUUUGUAGUCGUCACUUCUGCUAAGAAUCUAAAAUGAGUUGUGCUAUAUGCAGUACAUACAAAUACUGUAUAACCUAACACUAACUAGAUUUAUUCAGAACAAUUCAGUUGCAGCCACAAGAAAAGAAGUUACAAUGAAAUGUGAAACAUUUUCUACAGUCUGCAAAUUAAUUUGUAUUUGUUCUAAAAGAUGGAAAGUUCUGUUUUUAUUUAGUUUUGUAUUUGUUGCCAUUAGGCCUACAUUUAGAGGCAUUUAUCUGGUACCUCUGCAUUAGUUCAGUUAUUGAGUAACAAUGGUACAUUCCACAUCAAGCUUAUCCCUUUAUUACUUAAGUAAUUUAUAUUUCUUUAUGCACUUACCUCUUAACACUAACUGUAAAACCAGUAGCAGGUUAAAUGAGACGACAUUGUGAAAAACUCAAUAAACAUUAAUUCUUCCUUUGUA